UAUCUAUACUACAUAUAUAAUUCCUUGAGUUCCUUGCCACACUGCCACUCUCCCACAUAACCACCACCGCUCCAGUACAAGUGGGGAGCCGUGGCAUGAUCUAAGAAGAGGAAACAAAGCACAGGUUUCCAAGACACGUUGCAUUACAAAGAGGCAGUAGUCAACUUUGUGUUAAAGUGAACUGCCACCAGUGGUAGAAAGGGUGAAGAAAGAAGAGACACCCAACACUACCAAGAAGGUGAAAUUGCUAUAAAUUGAUGAAAAAGGAAGGCAAACAAGUAAUCAAAUCCCACAUUUCAAGCAGUAAAACACAGAGAGAGAGAGAGAGAGAGAAUGACGACGAGCAAGGACGAUAUAAAGCAUGGGACAGCGCAAGCAAAGCAAUCAGAAAAUGAAGCUUUGCGAGUGAGGUACAAAUCAGGCACCCCACUUGAAGAAGGGAAGAUUGCUGAUUCUCAAACUGUUGAUCUCCUCUCCUGCUCACAUCUCUUAUCAAAACCAAAACAUCUCUGAUCAAUCCCAGUGGCAUCCUUCCUACACC